AUGGGCAUAUCAAGUGCACAUCCUAGUAAUAGUGAUUCCAAAAUGUCGGUAAAUCAAAAUAGUAGGAACUCUUCAAUUCCUAAGCUAAUGAUAACUUCAGAUGAUGAUUCAUUUUAUAGGUGGAAAAAAGGUUCUGCUUCUAAUAGUGAGUCUAAUAUCGAUGAACAACUAAUACCUUCUCCACCUUUAUCUCCAAAAAUUAACAAUAUUCAAUGUAGAGAUAAUAAUACAAUAUCGAAUUUGCUGCUGAGAUCUUCUCGUACAGAUAAGAAUAUACUUAGUGUAGUGAAUCAUAUUUGGAAUCCCAGAUUAUCUACAAAGAACAAUAUCAAUCAAACUUUGAAUUUUCUUUCAGAGUAUCGUGUAUUCGAGAAUAACAACGAAGAUAAUCGUAGAAGAAUCGUAUCGUCAUCACCAAGAACUAACAGAAUGAUGACUUUCUCCGAUAAUGAGAAAAAUAACGGUGGUCUUGCCUACCAAUUGAGAAGAAAAUUAGGUGGUAAAAGAGUAUCUGAUAAUGAGGAUUUCAAUUACCGUAGUAGGAUAAGAAAGUCACCAACUCCACGACGUUUAUUAAAACCAAGUCAUCCGCACCAUCAUUUACAAUCGCCAACGAGGGCAAGGCAUAUUUCGUCACCAUUAGCAUCAUCAGCUGUAAUUAAUACCGCACCACAAUAUAUUCCAAACGCAUCAUGGGAAAAAUUGCCAGAUUUUUCGCCACCUUCAUCCACAUUACCUCCAAAUAAUAAUAAAGUCUUAAAAGUUGAAUGGAAGGGAUCUCCCAUGGAUUUAUCCCGGGAUCCCUUGAAAUAUAAAUUACAUCCAGCCGAACUGAAUUUAGCUCAAAUUUUAAGAUUGCCAUGUGAUCUGUAUUUGGAUUCAAAAAGAAGAUUAUUCUUAGAAAAAGUUUAUAGGUUCAAGAAAGGAUUGCCAUUCAGAAGAACAGAUGCACAGAAGGCAUGUAGAAUUGAUGUAAAUAAGGCAUCAAGACUAUUUGCUGCAUUUGAGAAAGUUGGGUGGUUAGAGGAUUCAAAUUUCAAGAAAUAUUUGUGA